GGAGACGGGUAAACACCGAUAACCUCCGCCAAACAUCGAUAGCACCGAUAUUUCAAAAACAUCGAUGAAACUGAUGUGGGCAUCGAUGUCCCCCCACCUCUACAAGAGUCGACGAUGGGUAAAAACAAAAAAACAAAGCCCGUGUAAAAGUGUCCGAAAACCGUGCGUAGCGUUAAACAAAUCGUUACUCGGGCAGCAAACUCAAGCGCCGCACUUUUGGGGGCCGCGUGUGCAGUGGCGAUUCAAAUGUCGGUAAUCGCGAAAUCCGCAAAAAAAGGAUUUUUUGAAAAACGUUCGCAUUAAACGCAUUUCGUUUCGUUCACACACACCAACAAACACACGCUCGGUCGCAGCAGACAAACACAACGCGCAGCGCAUAUACACACAAAGAAAAGAAGGCAGUGAAAAUCGACAAGCGCACGCAUGCACACACACAGACACACACGCAGGCGAAAAAGUGUUGAUAUAUAUCCAAUAUAUUGAUGUUGUGUGCACCGUUGUUGUUGCUGCUACGGCUGUGUGAGUGCGAGAGGGGUUGAGCAAGUGAGAGAGCGCGCAGGAUAAAGCGAAGAUGAGCCACAAAGCGAAGGAGUGAAAAAAUAAUUAAAGGCGAAAAGAGUGGAAAGAGGAGAGUGGUGAGUGGAGGAGGAGAGGAAGAGGAGCAGCAGCAACAACAACAACUAACAUCUACAACUACAAAAUUGGCCCUCUCAUUUUGGCAGUCGCAUUGCCCCAUCUCGCUCCCUCUUUCGGUGGGGGAUUCGGAAAAGUUCACAUGCAACAACAACGACAACAAACAAUAGUCGCAGUCGCAGUCGGCGCGGGCAGAGGCAGCGACAGAGGCAGCGACGCACUGAACGUAUUUUGUACAUAUAAACAAAAAUAGUUUUUAAACUCCAAAAAAAAAGUUAAAACUAAAGCCCUUAAGCGUAAAUAAAUCUACAGUAUAUAAGUAAAAAAAAGCAAGCGAAUCAAGCAGAGAAAUAGAGAAGAUAUAGAGGAGAACGCUCAAAAGAAAUUCGCCUUUUACACGAUUUUAAAUUGAGCGUUUUGGCAGAGAUCCAUUAUUAUACAUCCAUCCAAAAAGAGGGAAGCGAAAGGAGAGAGCGAAAAGAGAGAGAGAGCGUAGCGGAGCAAAAACAAACAAACGGAGGAGCAGCUGAACUCCAGAGCAACUGUAAAAACACAAUCUCAGCCUCACGCUGGCGAAUCGCAACGGCAGCAACAACAACAGAGGAGGAGGAGGAGGAGGUGGCGACGCUGGGGGCGGGGCAGCUGUAGCCGCCGCUGCCCGCAACAACAACAACGCUAACAACAACAACAACAAUGGUGGAGCAGGCGGAGGAGCGGCUGCAGUCGGCGCUGGCGCCGAAGGAGCAGCUGGAGGUGGUGGUGGAGGAGCUGGCGCCGGUGGAGCCGCAGCCAACGAAUGGAACCCCGAGGAAAUGGACCGCUUCAGCUUCGACGACUCGAUCCGCUUCGAGGAAGACUCAUUGUGCAGCUGGAGCUCGGAGCCCGAAUCGCUGUGCAACAACUGGCGCGGCUGGAAGAAGCCCGCUGCGGGCAGCGGUGCAGGCAGCGGCGGUCUGAGCGGUAUGGGAAUGGGAGGAGCGGUCGCCGGCGGCGGCGCAGGAGCCCCUCCGUUCGGAGCAGGUGCCUCCUCCGGUUCGUGUACACCGGGCGGCAGUGCAGCGGCCAUGGCCAACACAUCCACCUGCGGCAGAUAUUAUGAAGUUUCCACAUUGGCCGAACUGGCAGCCCGAUGUGUGGCCUCCUACAUACCGUUCGAGCUGGUGGAGCAUGUGUAUCCGCCGGUGCCGGAGCAGUUGCAGUUGCGCAUUGCGUUCUGGAGCUUUCCGGACAACGAGGAGGACAUCCGGUUGUAUUCCUGCCUGGCCAACAGUUCGGCGGACGAGUUCAAUCGCGGCGAUUCGUUAUUUCGGCUCCGUGCUGUCAAGGAUCCGCUGCAAAUAGGAUUUCACCUGUCGGCCAGCGUGGUCAAUCAGACGCCACGUGCCUACUUCAAUGUGGCCGUCACCUUUGACCGCCGUCGCAUCUCCUCUUGCAACUGCACCUGCACCUCGUCCGCCUACUGGUGCUCCCACGUGGUCGCCGUUUGUCUGCAUCGCAUUCAUUGCCCCCAGGAGGUCUGUCUACGGGCACCCGUGUCCGAGUCGCUGACCCGCCUGCAACGCGACCAGCUGCAGAAGUUCGCCCAGUAUCUGAUCAGCGAGCUGCCCCAGCAGAUUCUGCCGACGGCCCAGCGGCUGCUGGACGAGCUGCUCAGUGCACAGCCCACGGCGAUCAAUACGGUGUGCGGUGCACCCGAUCCCACGGCUGGGGCCUCGAUCAACGACCAGACCAGCUGGUAUCUGGACGAGAAGACGCUGCACAACAACAUCAAGCGGAUCCUCAUCAAGUUCUGUCUGCCCGCCCCGAUAGUGUUUAGCGAUGUCAACUAUCUGACGAACUCGGCUCCUCCGGCGGCGGCCGAGUGGAGUUCCCUGCUCCGGCCGCUGCGAGGCCGUGAGCCGGAGGGCAUGUGGAACCUGCUGUCGAUCGUGCGCGAGAUGUACAGGCGCUGCGAUCGGAACGCAGUGCGUCUGCUGGAGAUCAUCACGGAGGAGUGCAUGGUCUGCGACCAGAUACUCAUCUGGUGGUUCCAGACCAAGCUGGCCCUGAUGAUGGGCUCGCACGGCCACUCGGGCGGCAAGCACUCGAACACGCACUCCAACUCGACGGCUCUGCAGCACGCGUGCAGUUCGCUGUGCGACGAGAUCGUGGCCCUGUGGCGGCUGGCUGCCCUCAAUCCCGGCCUGGCGCCGGACGAGCGCGACAUGCUGCACGCCCAGUUCACGGCCUGGCACCUGAAGAUACUCGACCGGGUGGUCAAGAGCCGCCUGAUACCGUCGUCGUUCACCAACAAGCACCAGCAGAACUCGAGGUCCGAGACGGAGCUGUUCAUCGGCUUCAAGCCGGCCAUCGAGGCGUGCUAUCUGGACUGGGAAGGCUACCCCAUUCCGGGUGUGACGCACACGCACGACACGAACCCCAUCUACUACUCGCCGUUCACCUGCUUCAAGCACACCGACCUCAAGGGCGAGUCCAACAAUCCCGGCCAGCUGAACGCCACCCAGGCGCUGAUGACGAACAACAAGCACUACAAUUACUUCAGUGCCUCCAGCGACCAUGGCAUGCAUGCCGGGGCCUUCAAGCAGAGGCUGGACAGGCCCUUUCGGGAGUCGCGUUUCUAUGCGAAUGCGGGCGAUCUGGAGGGAUCAGCAGGCGGAGCAGGAGCAGCCACAGCUCGAUUUUCCACGGCUCUGGGCGCUGUCGGCGUGGGGGGAGCUGGCGCAGUUGGUCAAAUGGGCGGAGCAGCAGGAGGAGGAGUAGGUGCCUCUGUGGGAGCAGCAGCGGCCGAAGUGAAUCCCGCGCAGCAACAGCAGCUGGCCAGUGGCGCCUCUGGAGUGGGUGCCUCAGUGGCCAACUCCAAGGCGGUGGCAGUUGCAGAUGGCAACCGUUCGAGUGCCAGCAGCGAGGGAUUCUGCGAGAACGACGAUUUCGGCGGCGACACCAGCAGCAGCCACAACUACUGCCCACCGGGACAGGUGGUUGUGCCGGGCCAGAAGUCGGCCCUCACGGAAUCGGAUUCCCAGAGCAGCUUCGAUGCCGUCUCGCAGCAGAGCAAGGAUGAGCCCGCCGUGGGCGGUGUGGGAGUGGGAGUGGCGGGAGUGGGGGUGGUUGUGGGUGUUGAACAAGCCCUCUCCACCUCGGACACCUCGUCGGCCUCCUCGGCAUCCUCGUCCGCCUCCACGGCGUCGGGCAGCUCCAACAGUUCCACCUCCUCCAUGCUGAUGGCUGGCCAGGAGGCGACUGUUGGCGUGGGAGGAGUGGGCGCAGUGCAGCAGACACCUCGUCGCCUGAGCAAGGAUGAGUCCUUUAGCAGCAGCAGUGAUGAGUUCAACCAAGGAGCAGUGGGCGGAUCAUCAGUUGGUGGUGGUGUAACCGGUGGAUCAGUUGGAUCAGCAGAAGCAGCAGCGGUGGCAGCAGCAGCAGGAGGAGAUCUUACGCCUGUGCCCAGCACCUCGGCAGCUGCUAGAGCAGCCUUGGCCGCCAGUAGCUCCUCCUCGGUGCUUCACCCGGUGAUGCCCGGCGGUACGCAGCAACUCGGGAACAGCCCUGCCGGAGGAGUGGGAGGAGGAGGCGGAGGAGGAUUGGGAGUCCUGGGACUGAGCGCCUCGGUGGACCAGCCCUGCACUUCAUCGGCGCACGCUGCCCGUGCCCUGGCCGCUGCCGUGGCCGCCUCCAGCGACAAGCCGCACGUCUUCUCCAAUGUGCGACCCACCGAGGAUGCCUGGGACAUACUGCUGGCCCGCGCCGAGGGCCUGCAUGCCCACGGUCAUGGCGGCGAGGCAUGCAUCCUGGCCGUGCGCCUGGCCGAGCAGAUGCUGGCCAAUCCGCCCAAUCUGCUGCUCGAACUGCCGCCCGCGCCCAAGCGCAAGGGCAAAAAGCAGAACGUGAACCCCAUCUCGCACCAGCUGACGGUGGUGGCCUCCGCCACGCUGUCCAAGUGCGCCUUCCUGUGCACCGUGCUGUCGGAGAACUCGGAGCACUACCACAUCGGCUUCCGGAUAUGCCUGUUCGCCCUGGAGAUGCCGCGACCGCCGGCGAGCACCAAGCCGCUGGAGGUGAAGCUGGCCAACCAGGAGGCGGACAUACUGGCCCUGCUCAAGCGCCUGCCGCUGGGAUCGGCGGAGUUGCAGGUGAUCCGCGAGCGGGCGGAGCAGCUUCGCAGCGGGACGUUCAAGACACGAGGCGAGGCCUUGCUCCCGAUCAACCUGGCCACGUUCAUCUUCGACGCCCUGGUCACCUUCAGUCCCGGUGCAGGGGGCUCCACAAUGGGCCCUGCUGGGGUUGUGGCUUCCUCUUCUAGUGGAGGCGGUGGUGUGGGCGGAGGAGGUGCGUCAAGCAAAUCCAUGGUCAAUGCGGGCGCUCGUCUUCUGCUCUACAAGCACAACAGCGAUGAGAACCUCGGAUUCGAUGCUGCAGUGGCGGCGCUCGGCCUGAAGGCCAAUGUCUCGGAGGCAGAGCAUCCGUUGCUGUGCGAGGGAACGCGGCGGCAGCGCGGCGAUCUCGCCCUGACCCUGCUCUACCACUAUAAGGAUGAGCCGCGCAAGAUAGCCAAGAUCAUGGAGAAGCUGCUGGACCGGGACAUACACACGCUGCUCAAUGCGCCCCUUCUGCCCGCCUACUACUCGAGCAAUCCGCCGGUGAGGACGAAGAGCAAUCAGCCCACGCGCCGCGAGGAGCACGACUACGGCGGUGGCUCUGGAUGUGGCGCCUCCUCCAACUGCAAUCCGGUUGCCAAUCUGUGCGAGCUCCUGCCGGCCGACUACGGCAGUGUGGGCGGCAACAGUCGACCGCACAGUUCGACGAGUGCCGAGCUGGAGCUGAGCAUGUGCGCCCUGAGCAUGGCCAGCAGUGGCAGCCAGUCGGGCGGAGGGCAGGGCAUGGUGCCCACACCGAAUGCGGCGGGAGGAGGAGGAGGAGGGACUACCGGAGGAACACCCAAUUCCAGCAGCACCACGGCCAGUGGCAGCCAGCAGAAUCCCAAUGGCAAUCCCACUGGCAGCGGCGGUGGAGGUGGAGGAGGAGGAAAUGGCAACGGCGGAGGAGGAGGCGGAGGACGGGGAGCAGGAGCAGGAGCAGGGGCAACAUCAACCAGUUGUGCCUGCGGGCGAUGAUCCUGCCACUUGGCUCUGGCUUUGGCUGCUGGUGUUGCUAGUGCUACUGCUUGUCCUGGGCUUACCACUGCUGCUGCUCAUGCUCCUCUGAUCCACAUCCACAUCCAUAGCCAUUUCCCGCCCGAGAACCACCGCACUUAGUUCAUGUUAAACAUAGUUUUUAUAUUUAACUUGAGUUUUUCGUUAGGGUUUUCUUUUUUAUUUUUCGUAAUUAAUCAAGCCUACAUUUAUAUACAUAAAAUCGAGCCACUUUUCAUGAGUGGUGUGCGUGAGUGUGUGUGUGUGCGUGUGUGCACUUUUAGACUGAGAUAUCUGCCAACAGCAACAACAACAACAACAACGACACACCCCCCACACACACAUGGAACACACCACCCACCCAACAUACCUUCAACCAUAGAAGAUGGAAAAGCUCUGUUUGAUUUUUCAGAAAUGUGUUCAGUUAAACUAACGUAUUAAUAGACGGAUCUAUCAAAUAGUUUUCUACACCUACAGCUAUAUAAAACUCGGACUUAUACGUAUAUGCUUACAGCCCCUAACCCUACCUAAUAUAUAAUUUAAGGUAAUGCGACCCUUUUUCAUACAACACCAGUUUCGCAAAACGCAAAAACACCAACCUUUUCUAGUUUAGGCUAACGACUUUUCAUUCAUUGUUUCUAUAUAUUUAAUUUGUAGUCUUGCGUAAACAAAAAGAUGAACGGUUUAUAUACCCUUAUACAUAUUUAAUACCUGUGGUUAAGCAAUUUUUUAGGAUUUUCAAAUUUAUGUGACCAGACACACACACGAGCAUAAUCGAUGCAGUGGAAAUUCUCGGCUGAGCAGUUUGUUUUUAAUAUUUAACUAGCUAAAGAUCUCAAACAAAAAAUUUCGUAAUAAUUUUUCAAUUAUGUAAGAAAAUGCUAUUAAAAAAUAUGCAUUUGAAAAAUUAACACAAAAAAAAAAAAAAACACCGAAUGUGGGCGAUGUGGAAAUGGAAAAGCUUGAAAAUCGCUUUGAAAAUAACUAAAUAGUUGAUUUCAAAACGAUUUUACUUGGCCAUGUCGAUGUUCACGGCCACCGCCCACAAACAGCUGCAGCUGAGGGAUUGUAUAUCUAGGUCUAUUCAGCUGAAUUAUAGAUAGCAAAUAUUUAAGACAAACUGCCAGAAUUUCUUCAGUUUCGACUGAGGUGAAAAUACACUUUUCCUCCGUAUGUCUGUCCCUGUCUUACGAUAUGAUAACGACAGAGCAAAGACAACAAAUCGAAAAGAUUUCUAGAUAAAGUAAAUCAUUAUGUUCACACACACACACACACACACAAACGCACUUUUUAUGAUGUAUAACUUUAAAAAUUAGUUCUUGUUGGUGAAGCAAAAAGUUUAGCAUGAAGGUAGUUUAUAUUUUUACAUUUAAACAAAAAAAAAACAACAAAAACAAAUUAAAAAAAUAUAUUUUUUGCUUUACAAAUUUUGUUUAUACUUUAAAAACCUUUUUAAUUAUUUUUUUUAAUCAAUUAAAUUCUUUAUAUUUAUACACAAAAGUAAAAAAAAAAAACAAAACAAAAAAAAAAGAUCAACAAAAUUUUUUUUUAUUAUAUACAAAUAAUGCUGUUUUGAAUAAAUAUGGUUUUUUGGAUUUAUUUCAAAACGCAAAUUAAAAGCGAAAAAAAAAACGAAACAAAAAACAAAAACACAAAAUAAUCAAUGUUUGUUUUAUUUAUGUUGGUUUAUUUUCCAGACUAAAAUCCUAUUUUUGCUGAAUUUUGUAAGAGUUAUUUUAAAUGAAUUGUUUUCUUAUCAAUAUAGUUUAAAUGUUCUUUGGUUUUAUUAUUCUUUGCGGUUAUACAACCCAAUCCAAUCAUUCCAAUCCAACACAUCCGAACAUCAUCCCAAGUAAAUACUAUUAAUGGAAACUGCCACUUUCUUGAGGAUUCAGUAAUGUUACAUAAAUAUUAUAAAUAAAUAGUUAUACACGAUCGCGACCCCCUGAAAUGUCCUUGAGUGCAGGCGGCCUAGGGCCAAGGUCCUUUGGAUCCGUGAAUUGGUUUGGAUCCUCCGCCGCCGGACGGCCUCAGUCCCCGCUAAUGGUUGUAAAUACGGACGAUGUCUUAUAUAAGUAUUGUAACUCCAUUGUGUUUUUGUAUUAUUACAAGUAGAGAAACCGAAAACCGAUUCAGAUACGGAUUUAAAUGAAUUGCAUCGAGUCCAGAUCGAUUUGGAUUCAAACUCUGUAAGCAAUCGCGUAAUUUGUAAACUUUUAGUAGGCAGUGUUUUAUACAAAGAAAAUAGCAAAGAAAAUACCGAAAAUAACAUAAUCUAUUUAUAUAGUGAACAAACGCAAUCUGUAAAUUAAAAUUAACAAAGUGUUUUUAAAUUACAUAAUAAUUGACUUUUUCCGUGAAAAAUGAAAAACAAAUUUAGAAAAGAUGACAGACAACUUUCUCGCUUUGUUCACCAUUAAUGUAUGUAAAAUAUCAGCAAUCCCAAUUAGCAAACCGAUCGAAGAUUAAAUGGGAGAAAAUAGAAUUAUAGGAAUGAAACCAAUAGACAGAUGAAGACCAUUAACCCAUUGACUUGAACCACUCAAUAACAAUAACUGAAAAGUAAACGAACAAACCAAGAACAUACGAUUUAAAAUAAUAAUAAAUGCAAACAUAAUGUUAACGUAGCCGAUUAGCCUUUAGAUCACAUAUAGCGCAUAUUUUACACAAGCGUAGUGAACCAAUUUCCAAACUAAACUAAAAACUCCCUAGACUCAAAAAAAAAAAAAACACAGUUCCAGAAAGUAACGCCUAUAACACUAUGGCCGUAGCCUGAGAAAACUGCAUUUUUGAAGCAUUUUAUUUUGAUUAAUCUCCCUACUAUUCAAAAAACAUUAAAUUGUUUUCAAAUAACUUCCCAGAUAAAUUCAAUUAAAUAAAACCAAAUUUUUCCUCUGAGUAAAUCUGACUAUUAACUAUUUUCGUGACUUUAGUUCUGAAAAUCUUGGAAGUCGCCCUGGAACUCAAAUUAUUAAUAGCUAAGCUGACACUUUUUUCGAAGUUGAAAUUAGAAAUGUCCUAAAGUUUUUUGAAACAUUUUUUCCGAAUUCUAGCCCUCUCAGAUAUGGUCAUAGAAUCCCAAAUUUCCCCACACAAAUCAACAUAAAAAUAUCUUUGCACAGAGGCGUGUAUAUAGCCAUUACACAAGAACACGGAAUUCUGGAGCUGAUCGGGGUGUGGAUAUGGUGCGGCUCUAUUCAGCCUGCAAAUCAGCUUCCCGUUCCGAUCUGCACUAUAUAGACACCUCUCAUAUAUUUACAUAUACAUAUUAAAAUUGACGCGGACAUAAAUUAUAUUAAUCUUAAGUCGAAAAUAAAGCAUUACCUCAUACUUUAAAAACUUAUGAAGACAGUUACAAGUAGAACACUCGAAAAUAUAUAGAUUAUAUACAAUAUACACGAUAAAUAUAGGGCAUUUUUUUGUAGCAAUCGAACUUAGGCUUUAUGAAAUUCUAUCAUUUAUGAAACGAAUUCGAUAUGAUUUUCUUGUUGUGAGAGAGAGAGAGAGGGAAAUAGCGAGGGAAAGUGCAGGUAUUUGCAGGGGUAUCCCGAAUUUUCUGGCCUCGUUCAUUUGCUCUUUUGUUACUCGUGGCUCUUUGUAAAUUUUUGCACUGUAAAAACUAAAAUAUUAAAUAUAUAAAUAUAUUGCUUGCUAAAGAAAAGUUAAAAAACAAAAAAAACGAAUGGAAAUCGCGCAAAAACGUUAUUUAUAUAUACGCCUACAGAAACAUGCAAAAAAAAAAAACUAUUAUAUACAAAAAAUAUAUACAUACACAUAUAAAAAUAUAUAUACAAUACUUAUUUACAUUGCGUAUUUUAGCGUUUUAUUCGACAUCGGAAAAUAAAUAUAAAACAAAAACAAAAAAACCAAUCGUAGAAACGCUGCAGAAGUGUUCUUUUUAACAACAAAAAAUAAAAAUAAAUACGGAGAGCGAAAUAUAGAAAAUUAAAUUAAGCAACAGAAAAUAUUUAUACACAGAGAUGAAGAGGCAAGUUGAAAGCUUAAAUAUAAACCAAGAGGACAGGAAAUAUUUAACUGAAUGACUAAUUUUACAAAAGAAAUGGACGUUUUUUUUUACCAAUCGCUGUAAAUAUCAAGCAAAAGAGUAAAACAUUUUUCUGGAAGGCUUAUCGUUUUAUAUUUGUUUUUGCAUUUUAAACUGUCUACACUAUUCGAACGCAGCCCCCAGCCACGCCUCCCGAAAACUGACACCACUACAAUGCAAAGCUUUAAUUCAUUGCCACACACACUCCCACAACAUCCACACACACAGAGCGAUGCUAAAGUGCUUUAAGAAAUAAAAAACAAACUCGAAAAAACACACGAAAGUAAAUAAAUACAUUUCUCUUAAGUAAAACUAAAAACUUUUUACGAACAGACGAAAAAAAAACAAGAACAGAAACUCUGCCAAAAAACAAGCUAAUAAAAAUGAAAUGAAAAGCGAAAGUAAGAAAACCGAUAUCUUCUAUAAAAAAUAGCAACAAAUUGUAAACAUGAAAAUAAUAUGAAACUAACUAAUUAUACAUAAAUAAUUAAAGGACGAAGAGCAGAACGAAUAAUAAGAAUGAAAAUUUAAAAAACAAAGCUUAUUUUAUAUAUUCAAACAUACAACAAUAACAUAAACAAAAUGACCAUUUAUGAACUAAAUUAUAUAUGAUCAGAUUAUAAACCGAAGUAUAGUGUAUAUUAAUGAUUUUUAACCAUGUAAAGAAAUUGAAAGUCUUUUUCGAAUUUUAUUAAUUUUCAAAUGGUCCGAAGAUCGAGAGGCAGCAGCACACAAAGUUAGUGAUGGAGCGAGAGGAAUAAGGGUUAGAGCAGCGCAUUAUUAUUAACUAAUUUAUGUAAUAUGCAAUAUAUCUACUAUAUUAAAAAAAAAUACAUAUAAAUGAACGAGGAAAAUUAAAAUAUACACCGCAAAGGAGAACAUAAAAUGAACACAUUUUAAAACAAUGAAAAUGAAACGGAAAAAAUUACAAAAAAAAAACACUAAAAUAAAAAAAAAACUG